AUGUCGGGGAGUUCGGGAGUCGCAGCUGUCAGCGCAGCCUGGUCCACCGGCCGCAACCUUGACAGCACCGACCCCGUUAGCAUCCAAGAGUCAAUUGAUCAACUAGAUCAGCUCCAAAACCAGGUCCGAAUCCAUCUGUUCCGGCUCCUGCAACGCCUGGCGACUCAGCCGGGGGACGGUUUGGACCAGGCUCUGAGUCAGCUGGCUGCGCAGGCGGACAAGGUGAUUGCGGAGAGCCCCGAGGCCAGCAUCUUGCCCCACAUCGGAACCUACCAGGAAAUCGUGUCCCGGAUUCUGAAGCUGACCUCGGAGAUCAGUCGCAAGCAGGCCGCUGAGGAUAUGGAGAAGCAGGUGCAGGAGUUUGAGGAGCGACUUGCGGCAGGCAGCCUCUCCGAUGCGGCCUACUGCUGUGUAAGACUGGAGAAGAUGGCGCAGGACGCGGAGGAAGAGCUGGCGGACAGGGAGGCGAGACAGCAGCGGAGGCAGCAGCAGGGCAAAGAGGAGGCGGCAGGGGCAGGGGGCGAGGACGCGGGUGGGGAAGGAGAGGGUGGCGAGGACGAGGGUGGAGGUGGGGGUGUUGGGCCGCCGCGGGUGACGGCGGAGAGCGUGGCGUUACUUCGGGAAACUGCGGAGCUGUGCAGUGCCAAGCUCAAGGAGCAUCCCGAGGUCGCCGCCUUCAAGAACGCCUUUCGGAGGAGCUGGCUCGUCGUGACGCGGACGCACGCUCUCGACGGCUGCUGUGCGGAGGCGGUGACGGUGGACUCCUCAGCGUGUUGUGUGGCGGUACGGUCGGCGCUGCGAGGUGGCAGUGUGCAGGUGGCCGAACUGAUCUCGGCAUCGCAGGUGCUGGGGCUGCAGCAGCCGCUUCUGCGGCAGAUGACAGACCGCCUGGUCAACGGCGCCCUGGAGCCCAUGCUGACGUCACCCUGCUGUGUCACCGUAACGCCUGCCGCCAUGCCUGGCGCCGCCGCCACCCUCGCAUGGCAUCCUGCGCCGCCGGGCUCCGGGGCUGCGCGGCCACUGCGGCAGCGCGGCAGCAGCGGCGGCGGCGUCGAUGGGCCUUGCGACCCGGAGCAUUGCUGCCAGCACCUGCUGCGGCUGCUGGCGACGUGGCUUCUGGAGUUCGAUGAGGGCCUUAUGGAGGUGUUCGGUGGCCCGUUCUGGAGGGCCGUCGCGGACUGCUACAUCGCCCGCGUGGCCCGACCCUUCAUCGCCGCCAACCCCGAGGACGUGGAGGGCUGUGAGGCAGUGGUGGCGGCGGCAGCGGAUCUGGAGGCCAUGGCGGAGAACCUCAACUUCACGAAUGGAGAGGACCCGUACCUGGCCCCGGCAGUGGAGAGCCUGGCCCGCCACGCGCUGUCCAACCGCCAGGAGAAGUACCUGGAACGAGCAAGGCAACUGCUGAAGGGGGUGCCGGGCACCACACUACCACCACCACCAUCUGCCGCUGCCGGUGGUGGUGGUGGUGGGAGCUGUUGGGAUACGGUCAUGGCGGGUCAGGAGGUGGCCGUGGAUCACGAGUAUUACCGGAGGCUGGCGGCGGGGGAGCUGCAAGAUUGGGAGGUCCAGGAUCCCCCCAGCGGCUGCCGUACGGACGGUUCUCCGCUGGCUGUGGGUCGCUAUCUUAUCACUCGGAGAAUGGACGAAUGUGUGCAGCUGGUGACUGGGUUGGUGGAGGAUGCAUGUGCAGGCAGUCGGGCGCUAUCCCGCGCCCUCCUCAGCGCCGUGGCCAGCAUCGCCCUCAUGGCCCGUAGCGGCGGCAAGGGGCCCGCCUUGAUCACCGACCCCCCCAUGAGCUCCGUUCCCCAAUUGGGUUUGUUGUCGGUCAACGAUCUUCAGCACCUCGCGGCCAUGCUGCUGCUGCUGUCCCAGGGUUAUGGUUCCGCCCUGGAGGCGGCGACGGGGGAGGGCGUGGUUCGGGUGUUGGUGGGGGAGGCGCUGCAGCUGCGGGCGGCUGCGAGGGUGCUGAUGCGCGAGCAGCUCCGGAGCCAGUACGGCACUUUGGACGAGAUCCUCGCUGGCUUAGACGGCCUGCGCGACGUGGGACGUUCGGACACGAAGGUGGGACAGCGGCACCGGCGUGUGGUUCAGCAGCUCCUCCACUCCCUGGGCCGCCUGGGUCGCGCCGCCUGCGAGGUGCUGACCCCGGAGGACGGAGUGGCCCUGGGGGCGGCGGUGAUCAACCACGUAGCCGGGCAACUGGUGGCCACCACCAUGAGCAAAGGCGACAUCGCCCAUGACGAGUGCGUGGAGCUGGGGGAGUUGUUAGGACCCCUGGUGGGGGGCGCCGUGGAGGCGUGGCUGGCGUCGGCGCGCGGCGCGGGACCGGACCUGUCGGGCAUCCCCCUCAGUGUGGUGGCGAGUGCACUUACCGCGCGGGCGUCCCAGAUCCGCAAGCUGCAAUGCGUGCUGCACGUGCUGCGCAGCGACACAAUCGCGCAUAUCGAGCAGCUUUGGGACCGGGGGGAGCUGGCGUUGCUUGCCCCGCCGGAGCUGGAGCACUUGCUAUUGGCGAUUAGUGAGGAUUCGCCUGGGAGGCGCGCCAUGCUGCAGAAACUGCGAGACUGA